CCCUAAGCCCCGCCCUCAGCCGUCCGCGCGCUGCUCGCGCCCGCAGAACUGCGGCUGCGGUUCGGAGCGGGUUCGGGGACUGCUUGGCUUGAAUAAGCUAAAAGGGUGAGGACGCGGCGGCCGAGGUUUUCAAGCAGGUUGACUUGGAGACAUGUCAGCGUCGAUUAAAGAAAGCCUUCAGCUUCAGCUGCUGGAGAUGGAAAUGCUGUUUUCUAUGUUUCCUAACCAAGGAGAAAUAAAACUUGAAGAUGUAAACGCCCUAACGAACAUAAAGAGGUAUCUGGAAGGAACUAGGGAGGUACUCCCACACAACAUCGAAUUUGUGAUCACGCUCCAAAUUGAGGAGCCCAAGGUGACAAUUGACUUGCAAGUAACCAUGCCACACAACUACCCAUAUGUGGCUUUGCAGCUGUUUGGAAGGUCCCCUGAGCUUGACAGACAACAGCAGCUUCUCCUCAACCAAGGCCUCACUGCUUAUGUAGCGACUUUUGAUCCGGGUGAGCUGUGUGUCUGUGCAGCAAUCCAGUGGCUGCAGGAUAACAGCGCGUCCUACUUCCUCAACAGAAAGCUGUCGGAUGGGCCAUCCGCCCAAGCAAAGCCGGUCAAGAACACAUUCCUCCGGAUGUGGAUCUACAGCCACCACAUAUAUCAGCAGGACCUAAGGAAAAAGAUUCUGGAAGUGGGCAAGAGGUUAGAUGUGACUGGAUUUUGCAUGACGGGAAAGCCUGGUAUAAUCUGCGUGGAGGGCUUCAAGGAUCACUGUGAGGAGUUCUGGCACACCAUCAGGUACCCCAACUGGAAGCACAUUUCCUGCAAGCACGCCGAGAGCGUGGAGACAGAGGGGAACGGUGAAGACCUCCGCCUCUUCCAGUCUUUUGACGAAUUGCUCCUCGAGGCCCAUGGUGACUAUGGAUUGAGGAAUGAUUAUCACAUGAACCUAGGCCAGUUCCUAGAGUUUCUCAGAAAACACAAAAGUGAGCAUGUCUUUCAGAUACUAUUUGGUAUUGAAAGCAAAAGUUCAGAGUCUUAGGACUCUGGUAUUGAAAGCAAAAGUUCAGAGUCUUAGGACUCUAGUAAAAUGUCUGUGUUUGUAACUGUAUUAAGUAUCUAUGUUAAUAAGACCAAAAUAAAAAGGCCAAUGACUAUGUAGAAUUCUGGGUGAAAAUCCUGACUCUAGAGUUUUCUGACUGCUAGUGAAGCAAAUAGGCCUUUUAACUAUUAUCAUUGUAACUGUGGUAUUGUUUCAGGUGGCUGUGUAAAGUCACACUUGAAUACUAUUUCAUUGUAAAUUAAUAAAAUGAUUAUUUAACCAGA